AUGGACCUCGAAAUAUUGAAUCAAGAAAUCGAUGACGAUGAAGCCGCAUAUCGUGUCAGAGUUGUGAGAAGAGUACACUACCUCACAAUCUCUCGGAAACCCACCGCAGUACUCGAUAUCGACACCUUAUGCCGACCCUAUCUGCUGAUACCGAAGCUCCCCCCGUUCCCAGAUGGCAACUGGACAAAGAUGCGAAUCAGUCAAGCAGCAAAUGGCGAGACGGAGCAUGUCCUUUCUUGGGACCCGUUGGACGGCAUACAUUCCUUGUGGCACCCUCGCCAGGUUGAUGUCCUCUCCCUCAAGAGGACAGCUGACCAUAAGGCCCGUGUCAAGGAAGUUCAGUUCGAUGGCCGAAUCUUGUUAUCGAAGGUGGCUAUAUUCGAAUGGUGGAUUCCCCGGCUGCAACGCGAAACAGAGUUCUACGAGAGAAUUUCAAAGGAUCACUGUUUGGGGAGUGGUUCAGUCGCGCCAACGUUUCUCGGUCACAUUAUGGAACAAGAACGAUGCGUUGGUUUUCUUUUGGAAAAGAUCGAUGGUCGUCACCCGCUCCUGGACGACCACCCAGCUUGCGAGGCGGCAUUGCGCAAGCUUCAUUGCAUAGGCUGGGUGCAUGGAGACGUGAACAUCUGCAACUUCUUGGUGCAUCAGUCCACAGGGCACGUGAAGUUGAUCGAUUUUGAAUAUGCAGAGCCGUUCGAGGAAACAAAAGCGCAACUGGAGCUACAAAAACUCAAAGACGAAUUUUCCCAAAUGACGGAAAGGUAA